AUACACUACGACAGAUAAGAAGGCUUUCUAUAAUACGAAUUGGUUAUUGGGUUCCUGUCUCUUUUUCGUUUGACAUUUUAAUAUUGUUUGGUUGUUUCUAUUAAUGAACGAAAAUACCUUUCAUUCAACUCGAAUCUCUAUUCAUUUUGCAUCUUUUUAUUAUUUUAUUGUGCUCUAAAUCUAAAUAAACUGCGUUAAGUUGUUUGGUUGUACAAUUAAAAUAUUAACACACCCUUUAGGUGCGUUGGAAAUGUUUUCUGAUGUGACCUGUGCCAUAUAUUGACCUCACGUGUAAACAGUAGUUUUGUAAUCAAUUAAAAGUGAUAAUAUUUCCUGUAGGUGUAAUGAAAUGAAAAUAUAAUCUAAAUAUGGACAAACUAUAGUUGUGUUAAGUGUAAAACAGCAAGAUGAUGCAGUCUACGUCGGACGGCUGCAUGAACAUCGCGGAGUUAGCAAAUCAGUUGCGGAGGGAGAAAAUCUUCAUAAACUCAGAGAGGCAGUUGAUACAGAAUCUCAACGAAGAACUGGAGAAGAGUGUUCUGGAACUGCUACAGACUGCGUGGAUAUGCUCCCAGCAGCGACAGAACCUCACAAACCUGAUCACAUCAAGGUGUGAGGCAGAAUCAGUGGCAGCUUGUCAGCGAGCAAGUAUCCUUGAAGGCACCACUUUUAUUGACGCUCACAAGGUUUUGAAGUAUAAGGAAGCACAAGCUCUAGGGGAUCUACUAGGAUGGCUACGAGACACUCCGCACCUCAUAGCUCUCUGUCUCAUGCUGGGCGAGGACCACAUGCCUGCAAGCCUGCCCUCCUCACUGGUGGCCGGGCUGUACGGCAGCUGCCGGUCUCCAGCUGACCGAACCAGGCUGCUGACAGUCAUACGGUCACUUAUUAAACAUCAAAUGGUCACCUCAAGCGACCCAAGGAAGCUGAUCCGAACGAACCGCUGCGCGCUGCCGGCGCUGUACGCCGUGUUCCGCGACGGGCACACGCCGGCGCGCCAGUUCCUGGUGGCGGCGCUGCAGGCGCCCGUCAUGGCCGUGCUCAACGAGGACGAGUUCUUCCUCGACAUCGACCCCGACAAGGCCAUCGAGAGGUUUUCACCGCCGGACCGUCUCAAAAAGUUCGGCCAACCGAACAGCACUGAGUACACGACGAAGAUGGGCCGCUACAGGAAGUGGACCGUGCAGUCGCUGUACAACCUCACGAGCCGGUUCACCGCCUCACUCAAGGAGCACUGGGCCAACUUCCCCGCCGCCAUCGCGUGGAUAGUGCAGCAGAUCGUGCACCUCCUCAAACAGCACUCCAGGAGCACGGACCGCGAGAUCCACGCCAUCUGCACGGACCUGGUCCUGAACCACUUCAUCUGCCCCGCCAUAGUGAACCCGGAGGCACACGGCGUGGUGGAGGUGCCCGUGUCGUACAUCGCGCGCUGCAACCUCAUACAGGUCGCGCAGAUCAUACAGAUGCUGUGUCUGGCCAGAUACCAGGAGGUGGAGCCCAAGGUCCGGGACCUGUAUAUGAAGUUCGAGCGCUCAUGCGUGUGGUCGCUAGUGGAGAGCGUGGCGGGGGACGCGCUGGCGCCGCCGCCGCCCGCGCCGCCGGCCGAGGCGCCUCUGCGCACCGACGCCGCUGCGUUGACCACCGUCGCGCUGUUCACUGCGCACGACGCGCACCUGCUGAUAACUUUUCUCCGAAGAAUCUCAUCUAAGCUGAACAACAACACGCAAAAUGGCGGCGAAGACAAUGCGAACGGUCCUGUACAGAGUUCCGAUGAAUCUGUAUUUAGCACCGAGGCCGGCAACGGUCUGGCGGAGGGCGAGGGCGGCGGCAGCGCCCGGCUCGCGGCUCUCCUGGCCAACGACGAGCCCAACUACCGCGCUCGCCUGCACGACCUGCUGCGCAAGAUGCCGGACUUUACCGCGCUCAGGACGUCGCCAUCGGACAUCAAAGACACGGUGUCAGAGAAUGGUCACAAGCGCAGCUUGCUGGGCAAAGUGGGACGCGCGCGCGUGCCUCGCUCCACGUCGGCGGACGAGCGCGCGCCCGAGCGGGAGCUGGAGCCCGAGGUGCUCGUCAUCAAACUCCUCAACGUGGACGAGCAGGGUUAUGUGGGUCUAGUCCCCGAGUCCAAAGUGCUGGAGUGCUACUACGGAGGCGAGGGCGAAGUGGAGGCGGAGACGGACGGCGGGCCGCUACCGUCCGCCGGCGUCGUCGCACCCGUGCAGAAGCGUACGAGGUUUUCGGUGUCGCACGACGAGGUGUCCCUCGGGAAUACGUCGGACAACCUGGAGGCGGUGUCCGAGGCGGCGUCCAACCACAGCGUCACCUCCAGCCUCGAGCUGGAGACCGAGGACCAGAACGACAACCUCUCCGACAUGGUGUCCGCCAAUGUGAGCGGUCGCGGCAGCCCGAACAUAUCCGGUCGAGAGACGCCCUCCUCGCAAGUCACAGACGGUGACGCGGCCGGGGACGUUCCACCCAGACGGAUCCAGCCCAACGCUCCGGUGAGCCAAGCCGCGAGCGCCGCUCAAGCUAAACUUAUGAAACAAACGCGCAACGAUAUUGAGGACAAAUUUGGAAAAUUUGAAAUUAAGAAACUUCUGGAAGGUGACGAGACCAUCAGCAUAAUGUCCGACACGUGGAGUACUGACGUGCUCGCUUCGGACUCGGAGACUAUUGGAGACUCCUGCGAACACACCCAAGUCGCCACCAGCCAAGGCUCAAACGCCAACACGAUCGCACCCGACGUGUCAGAGACGGCCAGCGAGUCAGCGUGGAGUAUGGACGUGCUCGCUUCUGAUAGCGACCGGAACACCGAGGUGGACACAGACGACUGCGUGUCGGUGGCGGCGCGCUCGGACACGUCGUGGCCGCGCCGCGCGUCGCAUCACGACGAGCUGGCGCCCCUCACCGCCAACUCUACCACCAAGCUCAACCAAAUCGCUAAUGGCAACGCAAAGCGAGCAGAUGUGGGGAGUCCGAGGCAUACAUCGAGGCCUAAUCUGACUAACAGAAACGGCGGCUACCUCAGCGCCACAGCAGCGCUGUGCCGCGGCGGUGAGCUGGACCUGCCGACGCACACGCCGCACGCCUCGCCGCGCAACUACCCCAGCGAGAACCGGAAAAGCAUCCUCGUUAAUGGGUACCCGGUGAUGACGUGCUACGCGUCCGCGCCCGACAGCCCGAGCACGGCGCCCGCCAUGUCGAGCGACGUGUUCGACUUCGUGCCGCAGAACAACUUCAACGCGCAGAGUGCACCAUCAGAGUCAACCGUGGAGGACGCGGCCGGCGGCGAAGACCCAGCCGAGCUGGGCUGCGCCUCGGGCUCCGACGCCACCAGUCAAUGGGUGGACGACAGCUUUCCCUCCAAGUACCAUCUCCCCUCCACCUCUAAGGCCUACGACGACAACGAUCUGAUGGACAGGUCCCUAAACUCAAGCGAGAGCUCAUUCAACGCUCUCUCUGUAUCCCAAUACGACCGACGCUUCGACUCGGGCAUCGAAUCGGACCGUCCCGACCCGGAGCCGCGGUCAGCGAUAUCGGACCUCAUGACUCGCAUGAGCUCCGCCACAAUCUCGUCGAAUCUCGUCAACAACAUCACGUCAAGGAUCGUCAAGUCGGAGAUAAGGACCAGCAUAGUCAACAUCAGCUCGUCGAGGAUAGAGAAGAAGAGGGAAGGCAGGAAUGAGAGUAACAUAUCUCUUAGUACGUUGUCGGUCAAUAGUGUGGAUACGUCUGUGUCGGACAAGAGUUCGAGCCAGGAUGUCAACUCGGAGAAUGUGACGGAGAGGCGCAUCAGUCCGCCGCCGAAGACGGUCUCAACCGGUGCCAUACCGAAGAGUAUCAGCUUCGAUGCCACGGCCGAGAAGUCACAACGGAGACGCAUAAUGGGUGAGGACGGACUCGUGAACAACCUGGACGAGCUGAAGAACAACGUGAAGCGCUCGGGGGGCAAUUUGCUGCACAAGAUCAAGAUGUUCCGCCACAAGGGACGCUCGCACACGCAUCACGGAGGAGAGAUGAAGGUGUCAGAGGAGGAGACGGGCAGCGAGGAGGCGCCCGAGUUGCGCGAGGGGGAGAGCUCGGAGGAGAUCCUCGCGAAGUACCGGCGCGCGGCGGAGUGCACGCCGCGCCGGCCCUCUCGCCACCACGACCUGCCUGACCCGCAGGAUAUUGACAGAUGUGAAGGCGUGGUGGACCUCAACGACCCGGAGGCGUUCAACAGCAUGAAGCGGCGGCUGCGCGUCGUACUGUCCAAUACCGACUUCCACAGCGUGCAGUACGUGCCCAACCGCUGCACAAGCACGAACCUGACGGAGUGGGUGCGCGCAGGCGGCAGCGCGGAGGCGGCGGCGGCGGCGCGGGCGCUGGCGGCGUGCGGCGCGCGCGCGGCUCGGCUGGCGUCAGCGCUGCGGGCCGACCUAGCGGCACGCCGUCCCUACGCUGCCUACCUGGCCUCGUGUCGCGCUGCGCUGGCGCACUCCUUGCACUCCCUGCACACACAAAUCAAGUUGGUCCGCUGGGAGUGGUCGUCGAUGGCGCGGGCGGCGGGCGCGGCGCGCGCGCUGCAGCAGCUGGAGCGCGGCGCGGCGCUGCGGCGGCUGGCGGCGCACCCCGCGCACGCGCACGCGCUGCUCGCCGGCGAGCUCAUGGACGAGCGCGCCGCGCGCCUCACCGCCAGCAUCCGCGCCAUCACCGCCGACCUCAAGGCCGACCCGUGCUGGGAAGGAGCGAGCGCGCCGGUGCUGGAGAGCGCGGAGGUGACGGUGGAGCGCGCCGUGUUCGCGCGCCUCUACCUGCACGUGCUGUUCCCCAAUGGCGACGGCGACAUCGCGCGCGACCAGGUGCUUAGCGAUCACAUCCGCCGGCUGGCGACCAGCACGAGCGCGGCCAGCGUGGGCGUGCCGGUGCGCCAUCUGUGGGCGGCGCCCUUCCCGCACGCCAUGCUGCAGCUGCGCUACCUGCCCGUCUACCGCACGCCCAGAGAUAAAGUGACGUGCGUGCUCCGCUGCGUACGCUCGCUGGUGUCGACGCUGGCGCUGACGGACGGCUCGCCGCCCGCCGCCGACGACCUCACGCCCGCGCUCGUGCUCGUCAUCAUCAAGGUGAACCCGCCGUCGCUGCUGUCGACGCUGGAGCUGGUGAGCGCGCUGGGCGGCGGCGCGCUGGCCGGCGAGGCGCUGUACUGGUGGACGCAGUUCUGCGCCGCCGUCGCCUACAUCAAGACCAUGGACUACCCCGCCGCCGCGCCCUCCUAGCGGACGCAGGCGCUGAGAUCAGCGCGAAACAUCGAAUUCAAAUAUAAAAUGUUCCGAGGCGUCGCUCGAAGCGAUCGCCGGAACACGCUUUAAAUUAAACAAAUAAUAAUCAUAUAAGUGUAUCAUAAAAAUCAUAAUCAUAAAAUACAUAAUUAUAUCAUAAUUUCCGUGUAUAUUAAACUAAAUAAAUAACCAUAUAAGUGUACCAUACAAAUCGUAAACCUAAAGUAUAUCAUGAUGUAUAUAUUUAUUAUCGCUUUUGUGUAUUAAACUUAAUAAAUAAUCAUAAAUCAUGAUUCAGUGUAAAGUUAAGUAAAGUCUAUAGAUAAACAAUAUGCUAUAUAGCUUUUCGUAUUUCAUGACCUCUGUACACUAUACUAACAGCUAAAGUCUAGCUGCUCAGACAUUUCGUUUCUGACAGGUCAAUUAUAUUCAACUACAAUUGGCUAGUUGACACUUUUUUUAAAAUAGUUUAUUAUCGUUCUACUAGAUUGAAAAAUAAAAUUAUAUUUUUUUGAGACGUGAUUACAGACAGUCAAAAAAAUACCUCUAUUAUGUCAGUGAAUUAUUUAGAAAUGUAGUUAGAUAUAUUCAGAUGUAGAUCUAUUCAGAAGUUGUAAAAAUAUAUAUAUAUAUAUAUAUAAUUAUGUAUAUUAUACGAAAUAGAUUCCGCUUUCAAUAACUCAUCUGUCUAUAAUCUGCCUGUGAUUGUCUACUUAUCAAUGGUGGUAAUAAAAAAGAUUAAUGAAUGAAUCUAUAUGUAUCUUUCUACCUAGGCCUAUACCUAUAGAUAUCGAAUAUGGCGUAAUCUCUCUCUUUGGUAUAUAACACCUGAGGCUUAGCAACUUGUAGAAGUUAUUGAAGUCUUUUAAAAUAGUUUCAUCCUCUUUCCCGCAAUUCUUUAUUGAAAAAACACUACUUUAUAAGAUGUCAACCUAGAACAUGAAAAUGUCAGAUCGAAAAGUUGUGUUUUCUAUUCUAGAGAGUAUUUAGAAAAAAUGCCAUUUUUUCCGAACAAUCAAUUUCUAAUAUAAAAAUGUUGUUCUAAUCUAAAAAGUUAAAACUUAAACUUAAUUAAUAAUAUAUUUUUAUUUCUAUGAGGAUGAUGUUUAAUUAUCUCAGAAAAAAGUUUGUUCACAGUUAAGCCACAAUAAUAAUUCUGUAUUUAUUGAGUAGUGAUUGAUGCUAUGUAUAUUAGUACCGUUAGCUAAUUUUUAAUUAUGAAAAAUAACAAAAAAUAUCUUCAAAAAAUGUAAUUGUGAUUUAAAACAAGUAAAAACGAAAAAAAAAAUACAAAUUCACUCUUUUUAAUGUGUUUCAUAAAAAUAUGUGUAUGAAAAAUUCGAGUAAAAAACCUUCUUAACAUAUACAAUUGAAUUAUUACUUAACAUACAAUAAUACAAUAUUUUUAUAAUUGUGAAAAUAACGCAAAAAUGUUAUUGUAUUAUCAGAACAUUCAGUAUGAUAACGAAUAUUAGUUAUUACAUUAUAAUCAAGAAAAAAAAAACAAUUUUAAAUAAUUACUAAUAAAUUAAAUAUGUAUUGUAAAAAAAUGAAUUAUGUAAGUAAAAUAUUACCAAUAUAUUUUUUGGCCCAGCACAGAUUACAGACUUUUAACUGCAGUUACUACUGUAGAAAUUUUAAUAGUAUAGUCUAUCUCUUUCUCAGUAUUUCUAGAAAAUUAUAACACAAUUUUGUUGUCAGUUUAGUGUAAAAAAAAAAAUUGGCUGUGUUUUCCUUGUACGCGGAUAAUGUAAUCUGGAAAAUGGAGUAAUUUAACGCUUACAGUGAAAAAACUUCUCCUCAAACAAAUGUAGAUCCUCAGAUAUAUGCAUAUUAUACUAAUGAUUUUAAACUUAUUUCGUGGUUAUUAUUAUGAAUGUUAUUUAAACGGGUACAUACCACGAUAAAACGACGAGAUUUUUAUUGUCGAUAUUUCGACCCAGUUGCAUGGAUCGUGGUCACGACGGGACUGAGGUUGCGAGAUGAGAAGUGAAGUCAGCUGUUAGGGGCAGAAUCGAUUCUGCUUCUCAUCUCGCAACUUCAGUCCCGUCGUGACCACGAUCCAUGCAACUGGGUCGAAAUAUCGACAACAAAAAUCUCGUCGUUUUAUCGUGGUAUGUACCCGUUUAAAUAACAUUCAAAAUGCAUAUUAUGUAAUAUAAUUUGAAAGGAGAUGGACCAUUUCAGGUCCACUCUUGUACCCUGUAUCAUUAAAAUUUAAAAAAUACAAGAAUUUUAUUAAAAUUUAUUAAAGUGAAUAAAUCUAAAUAAAUAAAAAGAAAUAAUUAAAAUUAAAACCCAAGAUUUUGAGUUAUAUCAUGAUGGUGCCCAUAGAGCAACUAUGACAUGACAAUUGACAGCAAACGUCAAAUUGAAAACGUCAUUUAUCCGCCAUUACCUUAAUAGUGUUGCAUUUCUUGGGAAAUAAUAAAUAUUAUUUCGAAAGAAUUAAAGUUAAUUCGUAGAUUUGUAUAAUCAAACCUAGUUAAAAAUAUAUCUUCUUUUAUUUCCGCCAGGGUACAAUGACUGAUCCUGGGCUCCAUACAAUUUUGGACCAUCUCCUUUUAAACUUUUUAACUGUUUGCUGUAUCUAGAUUUAUCCAUCUUUGGUCUGGAUUUUUUUACUGAUACCGGUUUUUAAUGCAUUUUCAUUUAACGCAAAAAUCGGUUAGACAUAAUAUUAUUUUCUUGUGUAUGUAAAGGAUAAGUAAAGAUGGCGCAUAUAUGCUAAACGUAAUCUUCAUAUUCAGUGUUUUAAGGCCGUACACUUACUGUAAAAUUCUAGUUUAGUGUUGUAUUUUAUAUUGGGUAGAUAUGUGCCAAAAAUCGGUAAUUAGAAAAAAAAAUAGUUAGUCAAAAUCGGCGAAACGAAACAUUGUUAUAUUGACUAAAUUAAUCACAUUUUAUAAUUAGAACAUGUAUUCGUUUGGAAAAUAAAUAAUCAGGGCCUGUAGGCAAGCGGCACGUCGAUUCUCUGUCUACGAUCGCAAACGCUUAGAAAAUUCAAAAUUGUAUGAGAAUGACAUUUGCUAUCGACAGGUCACGUGAUCAAGUUGUCGAUCGGAUCUGUCAUUCCCAUACAUUUUUCUAGUUUUCGAAGCGUUAGCGUUUGUAGAAAAAGAAUCGAUGUGCCACUUGGCUACAGGCCCUGUAUAGUGAUAACUUGUACUAUAGUUCGUGCGCUGUAGCGUGGUCCGGGUGACAGUUAAUUUCACUCUUGAAAGUUGCCGCGAUUCACGAUAAUAGUACGUAUUAUGAACGAUAAAAGGCAACUGUCACCAGCACCAUGCUACAGCGCACGAACUGUAAAAGAAAAACUUCGCGUUUAGCGUACGGCCUUAAAGACUCUGACAAGUCUGUGAUUCUAACUGUUGCUGUAGAAGGAAAUGUAUUUUUGGAGAUAUCUUAUAAUAGAAUUCACUGAUACGAUUAUUUUAAAAAGGUAUAUUUGAGCCAUGCUCCUAAUAUUCAAUAAUCAUAAAUGAUUCUUAGAUCCGGCAUUAAAAAUAUAUACCCUCAUCUGUUAUUUAUUAGUUAUGGGAAAUAAAUUAUAUAUAAUGUUCACAGUGACACAUUUUCACACAAACACAUUUUUCAUACAAAAUGUAGGAAACUAUGAACUAGAUUAAAGGCAACUUAAUACAGUUAAAUUAAAUAUAAAAUGAGCUUUCAUUUGACAUAUUGAACUUAUGAGGGUAUAUAUACAGGGUGCUCGGGAGUAUUUUCCAUAACUUCAAGGUAUUGACGAAACCAGUUAUAGGAGCCGAACUGCUUAAGUAAUAUUUUUUCAACUAUAAAAUAAAAACUUUUUAUGUUUUCAUACAAAGUAAUUCAAUGAAUAGGGAUGUUGACAGUUUUUUUUAAUUGUAUAUAAAUUAGGAGUAUGCUAAUAGUAAAGCAAUUUUGUAAAAGUAACAGGUUAUCUACGAUCAUUACUCUUUAUUACAUUAGGGUCAGAUAUGCGGCGCUGCCGCGAAUCCCUGAAAAACGCCCAAUAAAAAUGAAUAUAUUCAAACUUAGUCAUCAUUCCACCUAUCCAUGUAACACAAGCCUUUAUCUAUCCUUGCAUUUUAAAUUACGUAAAACUUGGCUACGUCUUAAUUAUAAGGAUGUGUAUGAGGGACACAUUUUAAGAUCUAUUUACAAAAGAAAUAUUAUUUUAGAACACAUGUUUCGGUAAAGAAUUUACCAGAGUUAUGGGUAGUACUCCCGAGCACCCUGUAUAACAUUAAUUAACUUUUUUUUAUUAUAUAAGGCAUCUUGUGAAUAUAACGUCAGAGCGUUUCUCAAAAGGUUUUGUAGGACUCAAAUGUCAACACUGAUUUAAUACUUAGCAUUUUUCAUUAUUGCAAUAAUAUGUAUAAACAUCAAUAAAUAAGUCGAGGUAUGCUAAUUAGCUGUUAAAAUCUCGCAGUUUACGUAUAAUGUGUAAGCAAAGAUUUCUUCAUAUUUCAAAAUUAAAAAUAUUUAUCAAAAACUUUUAGUGUUAACAAAAGAAACAAUCAAAAGAUAAUGACACUUGACCUGUCUGUCAAACAGAUCGGAUCGGUUUUGCAAACAAAAAUAAUGUUUCGAUUUUCUGUAUUGAAUAGUUAAACUUCUCUUUAUAUAAGUACUAAUAUUAAAUAAGUAUAAAAAGAAUCAACGAAAACAGAAAAUAUUAAAUGUACACAUAAAAUAUUUGUAAAUAUGUAUGAAGUACUCGAAUUUAAUUUUUUCGAAAUUUCAAAGAGCCGUGAUAGCCCAGUGGAUAUGACCUCUGCCUCCGAUUCCGGAGGGUGUGGGUUCGAAUCCGGUCCGGGGCAUGCACCUCCAACUUUUCAGUUGUGUGCAUUUUAAGAAAUUAAAUAUCACGUGUCUCAAUCGGUGAAGGAAAACAUCGUAAGGAAACCUGCAUACCAGAGAAUUAUCUUAAUUCUCUGCGUGUGUGAAGUCCGCCAAUCCGCAUUGGGCCAGCGUGGUGGACAAUUGGCCUAACCCCUCUAAUUCUGAGAGGAGACUCGAGCUCAGCAGUGAGCCGAAUAUGGGUUGAUGACGACGACUCGAAUUUCACAAAGGCUUUAUGUAAAAUUAAAAGACAUGCCAACAUUUUACGUAGGUACAGUUUUAAUUUUGCACUGUCUUCAAAUAACUACAAUGGCAGUUAAGAUAAUUAAUUACUCGUAUUUUAAUAGCACAGAAUUCGUAGCAAAAUAUCUACUUAAAAAUGUUUUAAAAUAAAGCUAAUCCUAAUAAUGAUAUUUUGUUUUCGAAAUGACAGAACUAUCAUUUUAUAAUAGGCUAGUUGACACAUUUUUUUAAUAGUCUUGAAUUGUUGUUUAUCGUUCAACUAGAUUUAAAAAUAAUUUUCAUAACAUUUUUAUUUUUAAAUAUUUUUCACAAUAAACGCUGUCUGUCACGUUAACAAAUCCUAUAGCAAACGGAGCGUUUGACAAAAGACGUAUUAGUUAACAAUUAGUUUGACGUUUAGUACUUCAAGUAACAUUGUGACGUCACAAAAUGGACGACAGCGUUUUUGACGUUUGAAAAAUACAUGUUUUUUAAAUCAAGUUUUCUAUGAAAUCCAUAACUUUUAUUAAUUUAUAUCGAUAUAUUUUUGGACCUUUAUUCCAUUUACUACACGAAAUUAAUAUUGUAUAAAUUAAAUUUGAUAUGAGUCAACUACCCUAUUGUUAUUUUAGUUGAGAUUACAACUUAUUUAUAUAUUUAUCGUCAAAGGACUCUACGAUCACGAUUUAUUUUGCUGUUGCAUUGUAACGCACUGGUUUUAUUUGCACUAAAAUAGGGAUAACAUUUAUAAAUGGUUAUAUUGAUUUAUUUCUAGAGGUAUAUUGUAAAAGUAUGUCUAUUUUGGAAAGUCUUUUUGACUUUGGAUGUAACUGUAAGGUAUACUCGUAGAAGCAAACGUUUGAAUUCAGAAAGUUGAUGUAUAUACCGAAGGCCGGCUGCAUACAUUCGUUUUCCGAAUCCGUUUUCCGUGUUCGGAAAACCGAAUGAAUAAUUGAUGUAAAAUACAUUAAAUGACGCACAUGUAGGUACGUUUUUAUUCUGAAACUAGCUGACGCCGCGCGGUUUCAACCGCGUGGUUCCUGUUCCCGUAGGAAUAUGGGGAUAAUAUAUAGCCUAUAGCCUUCGUCGAUAAAUGGGCUAUCUAACAAUCAAACAAACAAACAAACAAACUCUUCAGCAUAAUAUCAGUAUAGAUGAACAAAGUCCGCGUGUACAUACAUACUUAUAUAAUCCGAAAGAAAAAAAAGCAUCAAGUCUGCGGUAGUCUCACGGAAUUCCAAAUAACGUAUUAGGAAAACUAGAGUAUGCGGCCGGCCUAAUACUGAACGACUGAAGGAAUGUUCUCUAAGGCUAGGUCAGUUCACCGAAGCGGAGCCGAGAAACGGAGAAAUAUCAACUAACAGGAUUGCACAAAAUCGGUUUUAAAGAAAUUGAAUUUAACAUUUAUUUAUUUAACAUUGUCUGCUCCGCUGCCUCGCUCCGCAUUAGUCGGUUUCUCCGCUACGCUCCCUCGCUCCGCUGUGGUGGACAGGCAGCCAAACCCGUGCUACAGACAUUCAGUUUUCAUUAAAUCGUACGUGUGUAGUUGCCGUCAGUUUUUUUCUGAUGAUUUUCAUUGAAAUCUCUGUAAGCUAAAUCUGCGCAGUUAAAACUGAACGUCUGUAGCGCGGGUAACGAAACGAACGUUCAGUUUAUACACUUACACAAACGCACUAUACAACAGCCUUUCUUGAUGAAUACUGUUACUAACAUAGAAACUUGAAAUGAAGGUAGAGAACGCUUGUCAUUAUUUAACUUAUUGAUUUUAAAUUAUGUAUGGUUUGUGUAUAAAAUGUUAUAUUAAAUAUAUUAACCAUAUCUAAUUGUUCUAAGCUUAUUAAUCAAAUUUAUUUUCAUUAAUUUAAGAACAAGCUAAUUACUAUUAUUUUUAGGUGAAAAAUGUAUGGUCGCACCGAGAAUCUCAAAGAAAACCCAAAUUUGACUUAUAUCCGUUUACUCCAAAGUUGGGAGUAAAAAGUGUUAAAAUAAUUAUUACAUAUUGUGAAAGAGUAGGUGACGCUCAUACAAAGGAAUGCGGCCGAACAAUGGGUGCAAUCAUGCACUUUUGGCAAGGGCUGCCUCACGAACUCGCUGCAGGGUGAAAUGACUACUCAUUUUUAAUUUGUUUGUUGGUAAACAGUACUCGUCAAGAAAGGCUGUAGUAGGUCUGUCAUUCUACCGCUACAUUCAUGCCAAACGGACAACCUGGUAUAGAUUGACUAAUAGUAUCUACAUUUUUUAUUUAUGUAGGUACUGAACAAUCAUCUAAUACUUUAUUAGUUUUUUUUUUGUUUACCUUAAUUUUUUGUAUCCCUAUUAAAUUUUGAUGAUAUUAAAAACCUUACUUAAGUAUUUUUAAUAACAGUCUUUUGAUGCUUUAGAUGGUCAGUAAAAACAUUCCACAAUCUAAAAAAAAUAUAAAAAAUGCUUCAGAUUGUCGACUUUGUAAUCAUCAUCUAUCAAUUGUAUAUUAUAUAAUUAAUAGUUGUAUUUAUUUACUAAUUUAUCUUGCCUAGAAUGUUACUAGACUGCAAAUUGUAUAGCUCACCUAUUUUAUUAUUAGAGAUUAAUGUAUAAUCAGAGAAUAAAAAUAUAUUUAGGAAUAAAUAAAAUUUUAAAAUCUA